AGUGAGUAGGUUGGAAAUGCAACGCUUUCAAGAGUUAUCCCUCAGAUCUCUGGCAAAUAUGCACCACCACGACAAAAGGGUUUGGAGAAGGAUCAAGAGACUGGAACAGAACAUUCGACUUGUGGCUCACGCGGUUGUACUGUCCCAAAUCGAAGAAUCUAAAAGUAGAGUCUUGAUUAAGAAGAUCAACCAGGAAUUGCAGGCUCUUAAAGGCGCAGUUAAGAACAGCUACAUAUGGCAUAAUGUACAACUACUAGGGGGUUUUCAUGGAAGUGGAUACAAUUUGACCACUGAUAAGGAUCACAUGCACAAAACGCUUAUAACAUACAUCAGAGAACUGAAUGAAGCAAACAUCGAUAGGUAUCGAAAGAUGAGCCAGAGAAUGAACAAGUUCCUUCUAAAGACACUACAAGGCGUUUCAAAAAUAGAGAAGAGGAGAAAAUGGCUUGCACGGAACAGGAUAGAGACGAUGAAACAAGUCCUGAAGAGUUCCCUCAUGUCUCUGUCCGUGUGGACUCGUCAUGUGAAGGAGGUGGUCAAAAGCUUGAACGAAAGAAUAGACAGCUUGACACAGAAAACCCAAAAACUGUCAGAGGGAAGCAAAUUAGCGAAACUGGAUAGCCAUCAUUUGAAGGAAAAGAUACACGAGGUGAACAAGAAAGAGGAGAAAUUGGCUGGAUCGCUGAAAAAUUUAGAGGAAACAAACAUCAAGAGUGCUGUUCAAUUACAAAAAGAUUUACACAAUCAACUGAAAAAGACCAUAGGCAGACAAAGUAACAAAUUACAGAGGAAGACGGAAAAGAAGAUACAAAAUGCCAUUACUUCAGCCCAAGAGGUUGACAAAAAAUUGGAAAAAAUGAAGCAAACUGAGGCAAAGAAAUUAAAAGAAACUAGAACGAAGAUAGAAAACAAAGUGAAAGCGGCAGUGAAAAAAGUAUCACAAAAUGUAGCCAGGGACCAAUUAUUGGCCGCUAAAAAUGCAAAAGAAAUGCAACUCCAGAAAAAGAAAAUCAGGGAAGCACUGAAAAAACUCACAUCUCUAGGAAAUGUACAGUUUUCGAAACUGAAAGAAAACGUUGAGGCUAUAAUGAAUGAGAAAACUGGCAAUGUAGACAAAGAUUUGACGAGAAAACUCACCAAGAUUAAAGAUGCGGUGAGGAAAACGUUACAUUCCGUGUCUUCAACAAAAAAGAAAGACCAUAAACAGUUAAGGAAACUAAGAACGCAGUUCAGCGAAUUUCUGAAUGGAGUAAUAGAUAUAGAAGAGCAAAGAAAAGUGGAAGACAAGAAAAACGCAAAAGAAGCAAAAAGAAAGAAAAAGCAGGAAGUAAGAAGAGUAUUGGCAGCAACAACAAGAAAGGUUGAAAAAAUGCAACAACGUAUGAACAAAGAGAAUCAACGGAAAAUCGGCAGAUUGGAAAAAAAGCUAGAAAAAGCAGAAGAUAAGAUAAAGAAGGGCGUUUCUGCUACAAAAAGUAAAGAAAAAAUGGUUUUAAAGAAAUUAUCAAAAAAUGAUGCAAAGAACCAGAUAUUGGCAGUCCAAAAUGAAGAACUGCAACGCCAGAAGAAGAAAAUCAGAGAAGCACUGAAAAAACUCACAGCUCUAGGAAAUGUACAGUUUUCAAAGUUGAAAGAAAAUGUAGAAGCUAUUAUGAAUGAAAAAUCUGGCGACGUAGAACAAGUUUUGACUGGAAAAUUCUCAAAAAUUAAAGAUGCAGUGAGGAAGACUUUAGAUUCCGUGUCUUCAACCAAGAAGAAAGACCAUAAACAGAUAAAGAAACUUAGGAUGCAGUUCGGUGAAUUUCUGAAUGGGGUAAAAGAUAUAGAAGAACAGAAAAAGAAGGCCGAGGUCAAAAUCGCCCAGAAAGCUGAACGAAAUAGAAACAAGAAAGUGAGCAAAGUAUUGGCAGCAGCUACAAAAAGGGUUGAAAAAUUACAACAACGUAUGAAUGAAAAGAAUCAACGAAGAAUGGAUAAACUGAAGAAAGAGCUUGUAACAGAAGAGAGGGAAAUAAAAAAAGAGAUUUCUGCUCAAAAAAGAAAAGAGAAAAAGAAAAUCAAAGAAAAUCGGUUGAUUCAGAGAAAAAUGGACGAACUUAAACAGAGAAUCAUUGAAAGAAACAGAGCGACGAAACAAAAAGAAAAGGAGGCAAAUAAAAAGGUACAACGGAUUGCAAAUCAACUCUCAAAGGUAGAGGCACAGAAGGCGCGCACAAAAUUGGAAAAUCAAAGAGAAGAACAAGAAAAGGCGAAACUGAAGGAAAGAAUCAAUAAAAUUAAAAAGAAAACAAAGAAUAUGGCCAUCAUAGCACGCAAAAGAAAAGAGAAUCUAAAGAAAAAGCUUGAAAAAACGAAAAUUGAGAUGAAAGCAAAGAUUGCAGAAAAAAGCAGAACAGAUAAAAUGAAAAUGAAACAAAUUCAAGAAAAACAAAGAAGAGAAAAGGAAAAAUUGAAAGCUUUUAGACAGAAAAUACAGAAGAAAAACGAAUUGGCACAACACCAAGAAAGAGAAGCAAUUAAAAAGAUCCAACAACUUCAAAACCGACUCUCGAGGUUGUCAGCACAGAAGACUAGUUCCAGAUCGGAAUACCAGAAAAAUGAAGAACAAAAAGCAAAAUUAAUAGCACAAAUUACCAGGAUGAAAAAGAAGACUAAGAAAUUUAAAGAUUCAGCAAACAAAAGAAACAAGAAACUACAGAAAAAGCUUGAAAAUACUAAAAUCGAGAUGAAAGCAAAGAUUGCAGAAAAAAGCAGAAAAGAUAAAAAGAAAAUGAAACAAAUUCAAGAAAAACAAAGGAGAGAGAAGAAAAAAUUGAAAGCUUUUAGACAGAAAAUACAGAAGAAAAACGAACUGGCACAGCGCCAAGAAAAAGAAGCAAUUAAAAAGAUCCAACAACUUCAAAACCGACUCUCGAGGUUGUCAGCACAGAAGACUAGUUCCAGAUCGGAAUACCAGAAAAAUGAAGAACAAAAAGCAAAAUUAAUAGCACAAAUUACCAGGAUGAAAAAGAAGACUAAGAAAUUUAAAGAUUCAGCAAACAAAAGAAACAAGAAACUACAGAAAAAGCUUGAAAAUACUAAAAUCGAGGUGAAAGCAAAGAUUGCAGAAAAAAGCAGAAAAGAUAAAAAGAAAAUGAAACAAAUUCAAGAAAAACAAAGGAGAGAGAAGAAAAAAUUGAAAGCUUUUAGACAGAAAAUACAGAAGAAAAACGAACUGGCACAGCGCCAAGAAAAAGAAGCAAUUAAAAAGAUCCAACAACUUCAAAACCGACUCUCGAGGUUGUCAGCACAGAAGACUAGUUCCAGAUCGGAAUACCAGAAAAAUGAAGAACAAAAAGCAAAAUUAAUAGCACAAAUUACCAGGAUGAAAAAGAAGACUAAGAAAUUUAAAGAUUCAGCAAACAAAAGAAACAAGAAACUACAGAAAAAGAUAAAGAAAGUAGAUAAAAAUAUGAAGAAAAUUACAAAAAUUAAAAACGAACUCAUAAAAAAAGAAGAAAAAAUGAAACAAGCUGAAAAUAGAACAAAAGAAAAAAUAAGACGGAUAAUGGCGCGUUUAAAGGGCAGUAAACAGAAAGAAGCCAAAAGACAGAGAGAAAAAUUUAAAACUCGCCGUAAAAUGAAAGUGGUGCCAAAAACUGAAAAGCAUGGGAAAAUUCCAGAAAAUGCUGCCAAAAUUCCCUUUCCAAAGGUACAAAAGGCUGAAACAAAAGACAAAUUUAAAACCGGUCGGAAAAAAGAAGAGACUCUAAGCAAAACGCAGCAGGAAGAGAAAAAGCAUCGACACAAAAUGAAAAUUAUGCCGGAAUCUGGAAAACACAGAAAAAUUACAGAGAAAGUUACAAAGGUCCCUUUUCAAAAGAAAGAUGAAAAAGAACAAAAAGCUGGAAUAAAAGAACAGCAAGAAGAAAAACAAAGUAGACACAAAAUGAAAAUAAAGCCAGAAACUGUAAAGCAUCGAAAAAUUUCAGAGAAUGCAGCAGAGGUUCCUUUUCCAAAGAAAGGAACCAAAGAAGAAGGGAAAACUACUCCCCACAAAAAAAUGAAAGGAACCAAAGAAGAGAGGAAACCACAGUCUUUUCGCCACAAAAAAAUUAAAGUGAUGCCAAAGACUAAAAAGCACCGUAAAUUAUCAAAGAACGCAGCAAAAAUUUUCUUCUUAAAGAGAAAAGAGAUAUUAAAACAACUUGAAGAGAACAGUAAGAAAUACAAAAGUGCUAAACAAAAGCUCUUGGAAACAAAGAAAAAGAUACAGGAUAAAAGAAAAGAAAAGAAAGAUUUGGCGUUACUUCCAGCUAAAUCUGUGAAGGAUAAGAAAUUGAUCAAUAAACGCAAAAAAGAGAUUGAUCAAAAAAUUAAAAAAUACGUAAGAAUCUGUCGUGUGUCGGUGAAGGAGAUGAGAAGAUGGCGGAAAAGGCAAAGAAGACUGCAAAGGAAAAAUCGUUAUGAUUUGGUGUUUUCAAAGAAUGGGAAAGAAAAGGAGAGAAGAAAACACCAGAAACAUCGUUUCGUGGUUAAAAUACUACCAAAGACAACAGGACAUAGACAUGUAAAAGGUGGCGCAGCCAAAGUUCCUUUUUCAAAGAGAAAAGAAAUUUCUAAAAAGCUCGAAGAAAACAGAGAGAAAUACAACAAAGCCAAGCAGAAAAUUAUAGAAACAAAGAAAAAGAUCCAAACGAAACUUAAAGAGAAAAAAGAACUUAUGCUGCUUCCAACCAAAACAAUACAGGAAAAGAAAUCCAUUAAUAAGCUAACCCGACAACUAAAGACGCUUCUGCGAAUUUGUCGCAUCUCUCGUAAAGAGAUGAAAAGAAGACGAGAAAGGAGAAGAAGAUUACAAGAAAAGUAUCGGAGGGAAUGGGUUCAAAAGCAAGGAAAAAGAAAUCGGAAACACCGUAUUAUGAAAAUUAUUCCAGGAUCAGGACGAGAAAGAUAUGUUCCCAGAGGUGUUGGUAAAAUUUCCUUUUCAAAGAGAAAAGAACUUUCGGAAAAGCUAAAAGACAACAAAACGAAAUACCAACAAGCGAAACAAAAACUCUUGAAAACAAAGAAAGAGCUACGGGCAAAAAUCAAAGAAAAGAAAGAACUGUCGUUGCUACCAGCUAAAACAUUGAAGGAGAAGAAAUUGAUUCAGAAACGCAAAGAAAAGUUAAAACAAAAAAUUAAAAAGUACCGAAGAAUCUGCCGUAUUUCCGUGAAGGAGCUGAGAAGAAGUCGAGAAAGGAGAAGAAGACUGCAAGAAAAGUAUCGAAGGGAAAAAGUUAUAACUAAACGUAGAAGAUAUCCAAAAAAACAUACAAUGAAAAUAAUCCCAGGAGCUGGGAGAAAACCAUAUGUUCCCAGAGGAGGGGUCAAAAUUUCCUUUGCAAAGAACAAAGAGAUUCUCGAGAAGCUCAAAGAUAAUAAAAAGAAAUACAAGCAAGCAAAGCAAAAACUUUUAAAAACAAAGGAAAAGUUACGGGCAAAAAUCAAAGAGAAGAAAGAACUGUCGUUGAUUCCAGCUAAAACAUUGAGGAAGAAGAAAUUGAUUCAGAAACGCAAAGACAAACUUCAACAAAAAAUUAAAAAGUACCGAAGAAUCUGCCGUAUUUCCGUGAAAGAGCUGAGAAGAAGUCGAGAAAGGAGAAGAAGACUGCAAGAAAAGUAUCGAAGGGAAAAAGUUAUAACUAAACGUAGAAGAUAUCCAAAAAAACAUACAAUGAAAAUAAUCCCAGGAGCUGGGAGAAAACCAUAUGUUCCCAGAGGAGGGGUCAAAAUUUCCUUUGCAAAGACCAAAGAGAUUCUCGAGAAGCUUAAAGAUAACAAAAAGAAAUACAAGCAAGCAAAGCAAAAACUUUUAGAAACAAAGGAAAAGUUACGGGCAAAAAUCAAAGAGAAGAAAGAACUGUCGUUGAUUCCAGCUAAAACAUUGAAGAAGAAGAAAUUGAUUCAGAAACGCAAAGACAAACUUCAACAAAAAAUUAAAAAGUACCGAAGAAUCUGCCGUAUUUCCGUGAAAGAGCUGAGAAGAAGUCGAGAACGGAGAAGAAGACUGCAAGAAAAGUAUCGAAGGGAAAAAGUUAUAACUAAACGUAGAAGAUAUCCAAAAAAACAUACAAUGAAAAUAAUCCCAGGACUUGGGGGAAAACGAUAUGUUCCCAGAGGAGGGGUCAAAAUUUCCUUUGCAAAGACCAAAGAGAUUCUCGAGAAGCUUAAAGAUAACAAAAAGAAAUACAAGCAAGCAAAGCAAAAACUUUUAGAAACAAAGGAAAAGUUACGGGCAAAAAUCAAAGAGAAGAAAGAACUGUCGUUGAUUCCAGCUAAAACAUUGAAGAAGAAGAAAUUGAUUCAGAAACGCAAAGACAAACUUCAACAAAAAAUUAAAAAGUACCGAAGAAUCUGCCGUAUUUCCGUGAAAGAGCUGAGAAGAAGUCGAGAAAGGAAAAGAAGAUUACAAGAAAAAUAUUUACCUCAGAAGACAAAACAGAAUAAAAGGAAAUCAAUGAGGAUAGUGCCAUCUAAUAAAAAGACCAGAAAGCUCACAAAAGGGACUAUGAAAAUCAUGUUUAAAAGAAGGAACCCAAGUAAAACCGCGUAAGAAAUUUCAUCGCAGUGAUCUGAUACUGAAGUAUAUACGAAAGACUCAUACAUAUGAAUAUUUACUUUAUGACAACUGGGCGGCAAAGAAAAAUUCCUUCUAGCUUGCAAGAAAUAUAAGCUUCGCUGGCAAGGAAAAUCAUCGAUCAAAAAGCUGACAAACAUUGUGAGAGAGAAAGGACAGCUAACAUUGCCGAGAGUGACUGUUGACAACGCGUAAAUUAUGUGGUCUGUGAUAUUAUUGAAUUAGAAACCAUUAUUCCUUUUUCUUUUAACUACUUUCCAUUUCAGACAUUUUAAUGGAAAUAAAAUGUAGACUUUGUUGUAGGUUAUAGAAAAAAUCUUUCCUUUCCUUCAAAAAGUUUAAAAAUUACUUUAAAAAUGUACAUAUUACGUACCUGUAAGUUGAUAAAGUACUUUAUUCCUGAUCAUAUGCUACUGAAAAUUAUUAUCCUGUACUUCUGUCAUAAGAAUAUUCUAUAGCUGAUUCUCAAACUGAUCUUGUUAUUUUGUGCCAUUAAAAGCUAUUAUAAAAUGUAAAGCAUAUUUAUUUUCAAUGCCAUUGCCAUGGUUCUGUGAGUGAUCAUCUGUCUUAUUUAAGAAUUUGUCCAAUUUUUUUUACGUAAAUAUAAGCUGGUUUUGUGCUCAUUCAAAUCAUUUUUCUGGAAAUCUAUCACUCAAAUAUUAACAUGGUUAAUCAAAAGCCUAACCAAUUUAGGUGGUAUGGAACAUCUGUUGAUAUCAAUGUGGAUUAAAAUAUAUUAUAAUUAAAAUAUCUUUGACGGUUGAGAAUUUUCAAAAUUUACAAUAUUUUACCAAAAAUGCGUUUUAAUUUUUUUUUGAAAUGGUAAGAUUUUAAAAGUAAGAUUCAAACUCGUGACUUACAGAAUCGUAGUGUACCUUCUAACCAUCCCCCUUUAACCUACUGCAUAACGCUUUUAGUUAACAAUUUUGGUAAAGAAACUAUAUAAAAAAUGAAACUUGAUUUACUGUUUAUUUUGAUGGAUAGUUC